CGCCGACGUAAUUUUCCGACGGACAAUAAGAAAUGGGAACAGCUGGGUACAUUUAAAGCGUCGGGUUCCUGUAUAUUUUCUCCGAUUUUAGCGAUUUUUAUUGGAUUUAAACCAAAACAGUGUCGUGUUGGAGUCCUAGCAGGCGGAUAAAUGUCUGAACCAUCAGAGUUCCCCAAAAAAGAAGAACAAGGGGAGGAGGCCACCGCUGAACCCGAGGAUCAAUCAGACACCAGCAGUGAAGACGAAGCUGCAGGAGAAGCAGAGAUGGACGUCUUGCGCGGCCUCUUCUCCAAUGUGCUGGGGUUGGGCUCUUCAGAGAAAGUUCUGGAUGAGUUGUCUCUGGAGAGCGUGGCGCGCUACAUAAACAGCGGCAAAUGUAAAAACAUAAUUUGCAUGGUUGGAGCAGGAAUAUCAACAUCUGCUGGGAUCCCGGAUUUUCGCUCUCCAGAAACCGGUCUCUAUGCAAACCUGCAAAAGUACAACCUGCCUUACCCGGAGGCCAUCUUCCAGAUCGAUUACUUUAAGAAUCAUCCAGAACCAUUCUUUGCUUUGGCCAGGGAGCUGUACCCAGGACAGUUUAAGCCCACAAUCUGCCACUACUUCAUAAAGAUGCUGAAGGACAAGGGGGUUCUGAGACGAUGCUACACGCAGAACAUCGACACCCUGGAGCGAGUCGCAGGGAUAAAAGGAGACGAUCUGAUCGAAGCACAUGGAACAUUCUACACCUCUCACUGUGUCAAAUUGCUCUGCAAAAAGGAGUACGACCUGGACUGGAUGAAAGAAAAAAUCUUCUCUGACGAGAUUCCAAAGUGUGAAAAAUGCAGCAGUUUGGUCAAACCAGAUAUAGUAUUUUUUGGAGAGAGCCUGCCAACCCGUUUCUUCACUACCAUGAAGAUGGAUUUUCCUCUAUGCGAUCUCCUCAUAGUCAUGGGCACAUCUCUGCAGGUUCAACCGUUUGCAAGUUUAAUCGGCAGGGUUUCAAAAAGUUGCCCCAGGUUGCUCAUUAACAUGGAGAAAACAGGACAGGCAGAUCCUAUUUUGGGGUUGCUUGGCUUUGGAGGAGGGAUGGACUUUGACUCAGAAAAUGCGUACAGAGACGUAGCUCAGAUCAGUACGUGUGAUGACGGCUGCUUAGCUCUCGCUGACUUGCUGGGUUGGAAGGCGGAGCUGGAAGAGCUUGUGAAGAACGAGCAUGCCAGGAUCGACAGUGAGGACAAGCAGGAAAAUCCCGGAGGAAGCGAAGGAGCUGCAGUCAAAGGAGCUGCAGUCAAAGGAGCUGCAGCCAAAGGCGCUGCAGCCAAAGGAGCUCCGGCUUCAGCUGAACCAAAAUCCAAAGCAGAGGAGUGACCUGUGUUUAAUUAACAAAACAAAAGCAAUGACACAGUUUAUAGCUUUACCAGAGGUUAAUACUGUAUAUGAGGGUUUGAUUUUUGGAAAUUAAGGGUUUGAUGUUCAGAAACAUCAGCUCUGUUGGGUUUCUCUGAUUGUAUAUUCUCAGAUCUGAGGAUGGUUCUUUCACAUAAUUAUACUUUUGUUUAUGUCAGUCAUUUUGCACUUUACUAACUUCUCUAUAUUUUCCACAAGCUUCUAUUUGUCCCAGCUGAAGAUAACAUUUUCCCUCUGAUUGAUUUAAUUUCGUUGUAUGUAGAUUUUAGCCCCAUGCGUUCCUUCUAAGCAUAAUCGACUCUUAAUGAUUGAUGUGUGCUGAUGAGCUGCAUUUUAAUGAGAACCGGAUGUGGAUUUGAGAUAACGAUGUUCUGUUAGGUGGCCUAACAUUCCCUCCCCCCAAGCUAAAAGCAGUUCAUCUGAUAAAGCUGUCACAAUGUUUCCGUCAGCUAAUUAACUUCCUGGUUGGUAAAAAUGUUGAUACAUUUGAUAGACAGUUUACUAGAACCAUCACUGGUUUUUACUUUUGUUCAACUUUUAGUCAUUUUAUUUUAAUUGUUUAGUCAUUUAAGCAAAACUAUGAGACAAAUAAUAUUUUUGUGUAAUGUUCAUCUUGGAACAGCAGAAAGAAUUGGAAGCAGUCACUUUUCAGUCGAGCUCUUUACUAGUUUAGUUUUAAUAGCCAAUAAAUUUAGAUUCAAAGCAACAUAAAGAGGAAAAAAACAGACGUGAUUCGUACGGAAAAAAAGCUGAAUGAAAGAUCUCUGAGAGCAUGAAGCAUUGUUUAAAAAAAAAAAAAAAAUACUCACCUGGACUUAAAUAUGUUGACAUGUACUAAUUCCAACAAACAGUGCAAAUUCCUGCAAUAAAUGUUUCCUUUGUUAAACUAA